AAGAAGAAGCGAAACCGGAAGCGUGCUUCGGUCCUGCUGCUGGUGAAGCUAACGCGACGCUGCUGUUGGUGUCAUCGUCUCAGCGGGUUUUUAGGGUUUGACAACAGGAACAACAGCCUUAUCUCGUGUCCAGCCACGAAUAACCUAUUCUCACUGGAGUCUCCGGAGAGAUGAACAACAACGGGAAUAAGAGAGCUCCAACCACAGCCACUCAGCGACUCAAGCAGGAUUACCUCAGGAUAAAGAAAGACCCUGUGCCUUACAUCUGUGCAGAACCUCUCCCCUCCAACAUCCUAGAAUGGCACUAUGUAGUCAGAGGUCCUGAGAAAACUCCAUACGAAGGAGGAUAUUAUCACGGCAAACUCAUAUUUCCUCGGGAAUUUCCUUUUAAACCACCGAGCAUCUAUAUGAUAACACCAAAUGGGAGAUUUAAGUGUAAUACAAGGCUAUGUUUGUCCAUCACAGACUUCCAUCCAGACACAUGGAACCCCGCGUGGUCCGUCUCCACCAUCCUCACAGGUCUGCUCAGCUUCAUGGUGGAGAAAGGCCCCACCCUCGGCAGCAUUGAGACCUCUGACUACACAAAAAGACAGCUGUCAGCCCAAAGCCUGGCCUUCAACCUCAAGGAUAAAGUGUUCUGUGAGCUGUUUCCUGAUGUAGUUGAUGAAAUGAAGCAGAAACAGAAGGCCCAGGAGGAGUUAAGCGCCCGCACUCAGCCCCUGCCCUUACCCGAUGUGGUGCCCGACGGUGACCCUCAGCAUGCCCACUACGGCCUCCCCGUCCUCAACGGAGGUCCCGUUCCCCUCGGGGGCGCCAACCCCGCCCCUGGCCUGCAGCAGGCCAAUCGCAACCAUGGACUUCUAGGUGGGGCUCUAGCCAACCUGUUUGUGAUCGUAGGCUUUGCGGCGUUCGCCUACACGGUCAAGUACGUGCUGAGGAGCAUAGCCCAGGAGUGAGAGGAGCGUGUGUUGUAGGGCGACGCUCCCCCCUGCAGGCGAGCCAGCUAGUGGACUCCACAUUCUACAAACACACUACGUGGGGGAGGGAUGUUCAGUCCUGGGUUAAAACCCCUCCACGACCACCACAACCACCACCACCACCACCAUGGACUUUGGAAGAUGGAAACUCAAAGCCGACCCACCCAGGAAGGAUUGAGAGGAGGAGGGGGGAGGUGGGGGAUUGGACGGGAGUGGCAGUAGGGCCGGGGGAUUGGAGGGGCUUAUUAAAACGGUUGUGAUCCACUCUGUGCUUCAGUGGUUUAUGUCAGCAGUAGGAACAAACUUGGCUCAUGGGUUGUGGAAGAGUGUAGAACUGAGGAUAUAGUUUGUUGCACUGUGCCGGAGGCAGGUCACAACAGCAGAAAGAUGCUUAAAAUGUUCUCCUGCACCAUGAACAUUACUGAUAAAAGUUUGUUUCCAAGUAGGUAUUUCUCAACCCAUCACUUCUACAGGAGGUAUUUCCUGGUCAUUCAUUAGAGCAUAGAGACUCCUCAAAGUUGUCCAUAGUCAAGAGAAAAGGAGUACCACACAAGUUGUGUGGUUUUCCUAAUCAAUGUUGAGCAUUUGAAGCGUCAUUAAACUAUUUUGGCAUUGGACUCAGUUUUUCCUUUCAUGCCUUUUCAUUGGAAUUGCUGUAAGGCAUAAGGUCACCUGCAGCUGCAGCUCAAGAACCGGUUCCUCUACCUCCCUUACGUACCAGGUGUACAUCUCGGCUGAGUUGGAAAUGUAACAGAAAGUAGUUUUUUUCUGAUGAAUGUGCUAAUCUCCAGAUACAAAAGAAAAAGCAAUCAUACGUCAUACAGACACAGGCUCUUAAUUGCACGUACGCGAAAGAUUAAAUCUUCAAUUUUUAACACUAUCCCCGUCCCUGACUGCUACUGUCAGAUUGGAACACCUGUUAAUAAUUGAUGUUUGAUAUGUGCCAAGAAUAUGUCUGCGUAUUUUAAGCACAAAUGGAACUUCAUAUGAACCGCCUUGUGGUCCACGUUGAGCAACGGGGAAGGGUAAUAGGAUGAUUUCUAACCUGAUUUAUGACCCGUGUAAGGUCAGUAAGUUCAUUAGCAGUCACGGUGACAAAAACGCCGGGUACAACUGCAAAAACUACAUGAAGAUGUAAAACAGUCACAGAACAGUACACAACAAUGUGAUACAAGCAGAACCUCAUACACUUGUCGGUACUUCUGUAACUCAUCGGUAGGGUCUAUUUUCUGCACCAAAACUUACAUCUGAUGAUGCAUCACAGGCCAAGCAAGUACUGCAGAAAGUAGUCGUCCUACUUAAGUAUUGACGGAUGUAUUUAUGAUCUGUAUUUAUCUUUAUAUAGAGAGAGAUAAAAAA